AGGACCAGGAAACAAAUGGGAUUUCGACGACGUGCUUCACUCCGCCGGCUCGCCGUGCGGCGUCAUCGAAUCUUAUUAUGCAAGCUGACGUUGCAGCCGUGAACGUUUGAACGCUGGGUAUUUAUACUCCUACCGUCUCCUUCGAAUUCACAGUGCUGUAGCUCAUCGCCAACAUGUCCACGCCCAAGGUGAUCCGCUGGGGCAUCCUCGCCACCGGUGGCAUUGCGCAGACUUUCAGCAAGGACCUCCUCCUCGACCCCAAGACCCGCGGCGUAACUUCGAUCCAGCACACCAUCGUCGCCGCUGCAAGUUCCUCCGGAAAGGAGCGUGCUGUGCAGUUUCUCAAGGAGGUCGGGGCACCCUCGACCGCCCGCGCGUAUGGCUCCUAUGAGGAGCUCGUGAAGGACCCCGAGAUUGACGUUGUCUACGUCUCGACGCCUCAUUCGCACCAUUAUCAGAACACAAUGCUGUGUCUCGAAGCCGGCAAGAACGCGCUCGUCGAGAAGGCCUUCACCGUGAACGCCGCGCAGGCGAAGAAGCUGGCUGAGAAGGCGAAGGAGAAGAACCUGUUCCUCAUGGAGGCCGUAUGGACACGUUACUUCCCCCUCUCAUACUAUGUCCGCGACAUCAUCACCUCCGGCAAGCUGGGGAACAUCCAGCUCGUCUCCUCAGACAACAGUAUCAGCCUCGACCCCGAGGAGACGAUGGCCGAUGGCAAGCACCGCAUGGUCAACCCUGAUCUCGCUGGCGGCGCCCUGCUUGACUGCGGUAUCUACGCCCUUACCUGGCUCUUCCAGACUGUCUACACGACGCUCCCGCCCGCCGAGCGCAAGGCGCCCUCCGUCACGUCCGCGCUCAAGAUCUACGAGCCAACGGGCGCCGCGGACGAGCUCUCGAGCAUGCUGCUCGUCUUCCCUCGCCCGGGGAACAAGGACGUGCACGCCAUCGCGACGACGAGCAUCCGAUACUCGUCUGACCCGCUCGGCGACCUCUCCGGAGGCCCGGCGUGCCGCGUCCACGGCGACAAGGGCGAGAUCCAGAUCUUCCCGCCGCUGUACCGCCCGACGAAGACGCGCCUGAUCCUCCGCGAUGGCACCGUUGAGGACAAGGAGUGGCCGCAGCCCGGCCCUGGGAAGGGCUCUGGUUGGUUUAACGGGUUCGGCGACGGUAUCCAGCCUGAGGGCGAGGGCCAGGGUAUGUUCUGGGAGGCGGACGAGGUUGCGUAUGCCCUCAUCGAAGGUCGAAAGGAGAGUCCGCUGCUGAGCUGGGAGGAGAGCGUGGUCAUCAUGGAGGUCAUGGACGAGGUCAGGAAGCAGGGCGGUCUCAGGUUCCCGGAGAAGAUCGAGACAACGGACUUCCCUGUCGCUCUCUGAACAGGGCGGGGAGAGAAAGAGUUGUACAGCAGUUGUGUACCGAGUUCAAAUUUGUAUUGUCACGCGUUCGUCAAACGAUCUCUAACCAU